CGGGAGCGGCGAGCUAGUGGGUAGGCGGACUGGGCAUGCUCCGCGGCGGCGCAGGUUUUGGUCAUAAGUAGGAAGAAGCUAGAGCACGACACCGGCAAAGAGAAGCGGGAGCUGCCGGCGCACCGCGGCUGUGGGGGCCGCCGCCGCCGCCGCCUCGGAGCAGGAGCGGGGCGGGACUGGAGCGGGCGAGGGUCCAAGCCGUCGGGCAGAGGGCCACCCAGCCUGCCCUCCCGUCCGCUGCUUCUGUCCGCGCGGUGCGCCGGACGUCUGGGUCGGUCACCCGAGCGGCGAGGACCCCGUGCCCAGGAGCCGGAGCGGACCGGACCCUCAUUCUGCCGCCUGCGGCCCGAGGGCGCCCCCGCGGGGCCAAGCCGCCCUCGCCUUCUGCGGGCAGCUGAGUGUCCGGCCCGGGCUGCGCGCCCGGAGCCCGGAGCGGCCGCCACUAGCCAGGGGGACCAGGAUAGGGGGCGGCCAUGGGGCUGCUGUCCCAGGGCUCGCCCCUGAGCUGGGAGGAGACCCAGCGCCACGCCGACCACGUGCGACGGCACGGGAUCCUCCAGUUCCUGCACAUCUACCACGCCGUCAAGGACCGGCACAAGGACGUGCUCAAGUGGGGCGACGAGGUGGAAUACAUGUUGGUAUCUUUCGAUCAUGAAAGUAAAAAAGUCCAGUUGGUCCUGUCUGGAGAGGAACUUCUUGAAACUCUACAAGAAAAGGGGGAAAGGACAAACCCAAACCAUCCUACCCUUUGGAGACCAGAGUAUGGGAGCUACAUGAUCGAAGGGACUCCCGGCCAGCCGUACGGAGGGACCAUGUCCGAGUUCAACACGGUGGAGGACAACAUGAGGAAACGCCGCGAAGAGGCCACGUCUUUACUGGGGGAAAACCAGGCUCUCUGCACAAUCACUUCAUUUCCCAGAUUAGGCUGCCCGGGGUUCACGCUGCCUGAGUACAAGCCCAACCCGGUGGAAGAAGGAGCUUCCAAGUCCCUCUUCUUUCCAGACGAAGCGAUAAACAAGCACCCGCGCUUCAGUACCCUAACAAGAAACAUCCGGCACAGGAGAGGGGAGAAAGUUGUCAUCAAUGUCCCGAUAUUUAAGGACAAGAACACACCGUCUCCAUUUAUAGAAACAUUUCCUGAGGAUGAUGAAGCAGCGAAGGCUUCUAAGCCGGACCACAUUUACAUGGAUGCCAUGGGCUUUGGGAUGGGCAAUUGCUGUCUCCAGGUAACCUUCCAAGCCUGCAGCAUCUCUGAGGCCAGAUACCUUUAUGAUCAGUUGGCCACUAUCUGCCCAAUUGUCAUGGCUUUGAGUGCUGCGUCUCCUUUUUACCGAGGCUAUGUGUCAGACAUUGAUUGUCGCUGGGGCGUGAUUUCUGCAUCUGUAGAUGAUAGAACUCGGGAGGAGAGAGGCCUGGAGCCAUUGAAGAACAAUAGCUAUAGGAUCAGUAAGUCCCGAUACGAUUCAAUAGACAGUUACUUAUCUGAGUGCGGUGAGAAAUACAAUGACAUCGACCUGACGAAAGACAAAGAAAUCUACGAACAGCUGUUGCAGGAAGGCAUCGAUCAUCUCCUGGCCCAGCAUGUGGCUCACCUCUUCAUCAGAGACCCGCUAACUCUGUUUGAAGAGAAAAUCCACCUGGACGACGCCAAUGAGUCUGACCAUUUCGAGAAUAUUCAGUCCACAAAUUGGCAGACGAUGAGAUUCAAGCCUCCUCCUCCAAACUCCGACAUUGGGUGGAGAGUAGAAUUCCGGCCCAUGGAGGUGCAGUUGACAGACUUCGAGAACUCUGCGUACGUGGUGUUUGUGGUGCUGCUCACCAGGGUGAUCCUCUCCUACAAACUGGACUUUCUCAUCCCUCUUUCGAAGGUUGAUGAGAACAUGAUAGCAGCACAGAAGCGCGAUGCUGUCCUACAGGGAAUGUUUUAUUUCAGAAAAGAUAUUUGCAAAGGUACCACAUUCCCUUACAUUUCCGGGGUCCCUGUAGGCCACACAGGGACCCUGAUGCCCUCUGCACCCUCUCCUGCAGGUGGCAACGCGGUGGUGGAUGGCUGUGGCAAGGCCACAGGCAGCGCGGAGCAGGCGGCGGUGGCAGCAGCGGCAGAGUACACGCUUAUGAGCAUUGACACCAUCAUCAAUGGCAAGGAAGGGGUAUUCCCGGGGCUGAUCCCCAUCCUGAACUCUUACCUGGAAAACAUGGAGGUGGAUGUAGACACCAGAUGCAGUAUCCUGAACUACCUAAAGCUGAUUAAGAAGAGGGCGUCAGGGGAAUUGAUGACAGUUGCCAGAUGGAUGAGGGAGUUUAUCGCAAACCAUCCGGACUACAAGCAAGACAGUGUGAUAACUGAUGAAAUGAACUAUAGCCUCCUUUUAAAGUGUAACCAGAUUGCAAACGAAUUAUGUGAAUGUCCAGAGUUACUUGGACCAGCAUUUAGGAAAGUAAAAUACAGUGGAAGUAAAAUCGACGCUUCUAGCUAGAUGUCCUGCAGAAAGAGAGACGUGUUACUGUGUUACCGAAGGAUUGACCCAGGACUCCCAGCCUGCGCACACGUAGUGUGAGGGUCAGAUGAUAGCACUGCAACGUUUCCUGGGCCCCUCAGUAGGAGUGGGUUUAGAGGCUUCCUCCGGUUAGGUAGAUCUAGAGUUUAUACAGUGUAUAUGUACAUAGUAAAGUAUUUUUAUGAUUAACAGUGUAUUUUAAUAACAUUGUAUGGAAACUCAUUGUGAACUGGCUUGUACAUUUUUUCAGUUCUUGCUCUGGAACAGCUACUGUCAAAGCAGUUUUGUAAAUGUAAUGUACUGGUAAUUGUACUAUAUCUGCAUUCCAGAGUUUAAAAUGAUUACUGUAAAUUUUUGUUUUUUUAAAGACUUUACCCCGGGACCUGAUUCACUGCAGUCUGUUGCUUUGCCUUACAGUUUGUUCUGCUAAUUUUCUUUGAGUCGUCUCCUUUGGUGUACAUAUAAAAUCACUAUUGAAUCCACUGAAGUGCUUCAAGGGGAAUCUUGGAUUUCUGGCACCUUAUCUAUGAUGAUUCUUUUGUAAUUUGAUUAACUAACUGUGGAUAACCCUGUCCAUAGCUUUUACCACUAAACAAAAACCAUCGAACUUAUUUGUUUAAACUUACUAAUUUUGGCAUUGACUUUGAAGGCUACUCUGUUGGAAGAAAGACAGGUAGUGAUGAUUGGGGCUGAUAUUCUCUUUUGAAAAAUGGGGGAGAAUCGUUCUUCCCCUGUACACACCAAGAAUAAUGUCAAAAAUGCCACAAUGGAGUUCUCCCGUGGUGGUGUUGCUUCAGUGGCUUGGGUCAUUGCUGUGGCUUGGGUUUGAUCCCUGGCCCGGGAAAUUCCACAUGCUGCGAGCAUGGCCAAAAAAAAAGCCACCAGCUCUUCUGUUGUGGCCUGUUUGUUCUGAUUGCUGCUGUAUACUUAAAAUUUCAAAUUGAACGCAUUUGCUAAAGUUUCUGUUUGGUUACUUUUUCUCUAGUUUCCAGUAAUCACAUUAUAUUCUUCUAAAAAGCGAUUCAUUCUAGAUUUUACUUGGGGAAUAUUCUUUAUACAACUUACCUUCUCUUUGAGACUCAUAAUUAAAUCAUGAUAUGCACUAAGUUUUGUGAAUCAGGACCCUAAAUGUUUAAUUGUAAAUAAUUUAAUUUUCACACAAUUGUUAGAGCUUUUUGUUCAAGGUUUUUUUCCCCAAUUAAAAGUCUCAACUGCUUCUGAAAUAACUAUGUAUAGUAGAUUAUGCAAACCUUUACAGGCAUAAAUAUUUAAACUGUAAUGCUAAUUUUAAGAAGUUGCAAUAAAGCUUCAGCUAAGCCUGUGUAUGUACAAAUACUAAGGUUUGUAUUAUAUUUCAUACAUGCAUUUUGGAGGAUUAAAGAAUGCCUGCUUUUCCUUUGCAACUUGCUUGUGUAAAUUCAGGUUCUAAAAAGGCAGUAAUAUGUUUGUGGUAUGAGGAAAUAAAAGAAUGGAAUUGGCAUUGUGAAAA